AUCCUCAGAACUUACAUAAAGAGGCGGUUGGAGCCUGACAGCCACAGUACUGAUACUACAGAGCUCGGAGCACAAGACACCCUGACACCAUGAGUUGGUCCUUGCACACCCAGAGUUUAACUCUCUACUUCUACACUCUUUUGUUGUUCUCUUCAACAUGCCUAGCAUAUAUUGCCACAAGAGACAACUGCUGCAUCUUAGAUGAGAGAUUUGGGAGUUAUUGUCCAACUACAUGUGGAAUUGCAGACUUUCUGGUUAAUUACCAAAAUGAAGUAGAAAAGGAUCUGCAGGCUUUGGAAGAGACGAUGAGUCAAGUUGAAAACAAAACAGGAGAUGCCAAAGAACUGAUCAGAUCAAUCCAAAUCACCUACAAUUCUGGUGCUCCACCCAAGCAAAGUAAAAUAGAAGCUGCUACUAGGGAGUCCAGGCAAAUGAUAGAAGAUAUUAUAAAGUUCGAAGCAUCAGUUAUAUCCCAUGAAUCAAAUAUUCGGUUUUUGCAGGACAUAUAUACUUCAAAUAAUCAGAAGAUCCUUACCUUGAAACAGAAAGUAGUCCAGCUUGAAGCACAGUGUCAGGAACCUUGCAAAGACACAGUAAAAAUACAUGAUACAACAGGAAGAGAUUGUCAAGAUGUUGCCAAUAAUGGAGGCAAAGAGAGUGGGCUUUACUUUAUCAAACCUACAACAACUCAACAGCAGUUCUUAGUCUACUGUGAAAUUGUCAAUGGCAAUGGAUGGACUGUGCUUCAGAAGAGGCUUGACGGCAGUGUGGAUUUCAAAAAAAACUGGAUUCAAUACAAAGAAGGGUUUGGACACCUGUCUCCCACGGGCACCACAGAAUUUUGGCUGGGAAAUGAGAAGAUUCAUUUGAUAAGCACACAGUCUGUCAUGCCAUAUGUGUUAAGAGUGGAGCUGGAAGACUGGAAUGGCAGAACCAGUACUGCAGACUAUGCCUCGUUCAAGGUGGGACCUGAAAGUGACAAAUACCGCCUGACAUAUGCCUACUUCAUCAGUGGCGAUGCCGGAAAUGCCUUAGAUGGCUUUGAUUUUGGUGAUGAUCCUAGUGACAAGUUUUUCACAGCCCACAAUGGCAUGCAGUUCAGUACCUGGGACAAUGACAAUGAUAAGUUUGAUGGUAACUGUGCUGAACAGGACGGAUCUGGUUGGUGGAUGAACAAGUGUCACGCUGGCCACCUCAAUGGGGUUUAUUACCAAGGUGGCACUUACUCAAAAGCAUCUACACCUAAUGGUUAUGAUAAUGGCAUUAUUUGGGCCACUUGGAAAUCUCGUUGGUAUUCCAUGAAGAAAACCACCAUGAAGAUCAUUCCAUUCAACAGACUCUCCAUUGAAGGACAGCAGCACCACCUUGGGGGAGCCAAACAGGCUGGAGACGUUUAAAAGACCAUUUCAAAAAUGAUUUACUUUUUUAAAGGACUUUAUCUGAACAGAUAAAUAUAAUAUUUUUCAUAUGGGACAAUGGACUUAUAAAGCCACACUUCAUUUUAAGAGAAAAAAGAACACGUUGAAAACUCCACUAACAGUUUUAUGUGAUAAUUUAUCUACAUGCCAUUUCAAUAAACAUUUUGUUUCCUACGAC